UAAAAGAGAAUUAAAAAUAUAUAAAUAUAGUUUGAUUUUCUUUCGCUUCUCUUCUUUGUUCUCGGUCACAUCUCUCUCUCUCUGUAGACCUCUCUUUGCUCUUCCUCUGUUUUCAUGGCGGCAUCUACGGCGUCUAUUAUCUUUUUUUGCAUUUCAGCCAUUUCUACGCUUCGACUAGCCUCAUCGUUGUCCGUAUGCCCUCCUCAAUCUCAUCUUUUCCUGAGCAAUCUUCAAUCUCAGUGCCCUGCUGUGAUCUCCCCCUUUUCACAUAUCGAGGUGGAUGGAGAAUCACUUGACAAAGCUCUGAGCUCCAGCCAGAAGAAUCUGAAUACUGCUGUGCUCUUCUAUGCUUCCUGGUGUCCGUUUUCACGUGGUGUGCUACCCACAUUUGAUGCCCUCAGUUCCAUGUUUCCUCAAAUUAGACACUUGGCAGUUGAACAAUCUUCGGCCUUGCCAAGUUUAUUUUCCAGGUAUGGAAUUCAUAGCUUGCCUGCGAUAUUUUUAGUAAACCAGACAGAGAGGGUACAUUAUUGUGGUCCAAAAGAUUUGUCCUCUCUCAUACAGUUCUAUACGAGAAUAACAGGAAUUAAACCAGUUGGAUAUUUCACUGUCGAUCAACCUAGUCGAUUAGGAGGUGAUGAAACAUUGCUUCAACUCUGGAAUGGAUCUUCAGCAAAGGAGAUUCUAAUGAGGGAACCCUAUCUUUUGUUAGCUGUAUUAUUCCUCUGCUUAAGAGCAUUCCUUCACUUCUUCCCAGCAAUGUUAUCUCGUUUCAGGGCUUUCUGGAUUUCAUACAUCCCUCACCUUAACUUGGGCAUCUUUGGCGAGACAAGCCAGUUACUGGGUCGUGCCCUACAUUUGAUUGAUGUGAAGAGGGUUUUCAGCAAGCUGAGGCUAUCCAAGACUAGGAACUUCCAGAAAGGGGCAAAAAAUGCCCGGGUAUGGGCGUCUUCUCUGACCUCUGUCUCCUUGGGUGAGUCAUCUUCAGCAAGACCAACUCCAUCUGGAGAUUUGUGAGUCCGAAUGAGGUUAAUCUGCCACCUCGAAUCGAAGACCACAGCGAUGCAAUUUGGAGGAAAAUGAAUUCCUUGGAGGGAGUUGGUUGGAAUAUUGUAACAUGAGUGCUGUAGUUCUCAACAGUAGGUAGUUUCUCUCUUUUAUUGCAUGCCCUUUACUUUUACUCCUUUUGUUUUUUUGUUUUUUUUCUUCCUUUUUCCAUAUUUCAUUAAUAGUGGUUAUAACUGAAGCUGUUGAGCUCAUUUUGAGUUUUGGGGGAAAUGCAAGCAACCAAAAUCAUGUAAAUUUGAGAAAAGUACAACUCUUGUGUAUAUCAUUUGGCAUUUGGGAGGAACA